UUGUUUCACUUCUGUUCAAUGUGAAUACAGAGUCGUGCUUUACGGUAAAUAGAAUUGAUGCUCAAGCUGAAGUGAAAGUCCCGCGGGGGUUUUAGUGCAGUCAUGUGACUUCUGCUCCUCGAGUAUCAAAGCAGCCACACGGCAGAUUGAGAGACAGAAGCAGACAGAGGAGAAGAGAGAGAGAGAGGAUGACAAUGAGCUCAGUGAUGUUAAUCAAAAAACUGCUGAGGAAAAGCAGUCGAGCAGGGUGUGUGGCCAGAGAGGGACAAAGAUCUACAGCAAUGAUGACUCAGAUAAAACACAAGACACACUACUCUGAAAGGCAAAAUGUGUCAAUAUCAAAGAAAGACAACGAGGCAUUUGGAUUUAAUAUAAGGACCUAUGAGAAAAACACUACUGACGCUGAGCUGUUCACAUGUGUGUGCUCAGUUAAGGAGAACAGUCCUGCAGAGAACGCAGGUUUAAGGACAGGUGACAUCAUUAUUAGUGUCAACAGCAUUUGUGUAGAAGGUUUGCAACAUGAGCAAAUUGUUGACCUCGUUCAGAAAGGCUCCUGCUUACUAAAGAUGGAGGUUGUGAGGGGAACCUCAGUGAAACAAAAGGAACUACAAAUGAAAUUGGAGCAUUUACAGAGGCAUCUCAGAGAGAAGAGGGCGGAGCUGCAGAUGCUUAUCACGCAGGAAGAGCGUCUGAGAGGAGGUUCGUAACCGCAGGUGAGCUACGCUGCACACAGCCUCGGUCCUGCCUCGCCUCGGAGAAUUCAACGCUCUCUUCCUGUCUUGUUCUUCAAACCUAGAACCCUAAGAGGACAUUAUCCCUCUGAAGCAUGUGCCUCGGGACUGUGAUCUCUUGCUUGUGGUCUCUGUGCUGGAGUACAGAGUACAGAGUACUAACAUGCAGUCAGACUGGAGCUUUAAAAGCUGCACUAUUUUCAGGGCUGCUGUCAUAGAAAACUAAUCAACACCUUCUGACCAGUCAUAUUUGAGCGUUCAGCAGCGCUGUGGUAUAAUAUACUGUAUUACAUUACAAGGCAGUAUUUUCAUAUCUUUUCGUAUCUCAGAAAACCUGCAAAACAAUGGCUUUAUAUUUUGAACUAUUAUUUAACUUAUUGAACUAGUUUACUAUUUUACUAUAAAUAAAUACGUUGUGUUUUUUUUCGUGUUUAAUUGUAUUUAUAUACUUCUAUUUAUACAUUUAUUUAUGUGUAAGACAUUCAUACUGUACAUAAGAGUUGUAAAUAAACGUAUGACAUGUUUCGGUAGCAGCCUUUCGUGUUAUUUUCAUAUUUAUCACAAAUCAACAAUCUUUUCUUGCCCUGUUAGCAUUCAUGCAACGUCUGUGGCUUGUCGAUUUUAUCGCACUUGCCAAGCUUGUGUGUCUGAGAAUCAUCCCACGAUCACAAAAGUAAGCAAGAAACAGUUUCAUUAACUCCUACGUGCUCACAUGCUGGCAUUUUGCACUCGAUUUUAUAAUCGAUUAAAGCAUGCACAUGUUUAAAAAAAAGAAAAAAAAAAGAAAGAAAUUCCACUUCAUGGUUUGGUGUUUUUAAAUAACUUCGAAAUCCGUCAUUAUAGUUAUGGAUGUAAACGGACAUUUCGUGACUGGAUAUGACAUCUCUAUGACAGUCAGUUUUAUGACUUGUUCAAUGAAGUGAAAUUCAGGACUUGUACCUGAGGAAACCAAUUUACUUCAAUAUAAUAAUAAUAAUAAAUGAAAUGAUUAAUGUGCAUGGAUUAGAAUUGUAUUCAUCCACAGUUUAGAGCAAAAGUUUGCAUCUCCAUAUUUAAAUCUAAUAUUAAUAUUGUCUGAUAGCAAGUACAGUAUGGGGGUUUAGUGUUUUGCGGU